AUGAAGUCCGUCGUCGCUUCCAUCGGCAUGCUUGCUGCCGUGGCCAACGCCUACAACUUCCCCCACCACGCCCACUACCGCCGCGACAACGGCACCGACACCCAGACCACUCUGACCGUCAAGACCACUGUCGUCGAGACCAUCACCAGCUGCGCUCCUACCGUCACCAACUGCCCUGCUCGUGAUCACACUGCCAUUGCUCAGCUCCCCGAGUCCGACAAGGUCACCUACGUUGAGACUAACACCGUUAUCCUCACUGAGGUUGUCUGCCCCGUCGCUGACGCCAGCUCUAUCUACACCUCCGUCCUUCACGAUGCUGAGACCGGUGGUGUUACUGGCAAGACCCUUACUGCUCCUUACACCGCUUCCGUCCCCAUGACCACUGGCGGUGCUUAUCCUCCCCCUAAGGAGGGCGACAAGACCGUCGUUUCCGACUACACCACUGAGCAGGUUGUCACUCUUACCCAGGGUGACGAGACCAUCACUACCACCAUCCACAAGACUCUCCAGACCACCAUCACCGUCCCUGCUGGCCCUCAGGUCACCGAUGACGGCUCCAAGGGUAACGGCACCCCUGAGGAUGACACCACCACUACCACCACCAAGACCAAGACUGGCACCGUCACCAAGACCAUUGAGCGCGUCGGUGAGACCAAACCCGCUUCCGGCGGUGACAACGGCUACAGCACCGGCAAGAGCGAGGAGGAGGGCUCCAAGGGCACUGAUAACGGCUCCGGCAACGGAUCCAACAACGGUGGCUCCGACUCCGGCAAUGGUAACGGCGAGUGUGUUCCCGAGACCGUCACUGUCACCGCCCCUGCUUCUACUGUCUAUGUCACUGUUGUCCCCGAGGCCAGCAAGACCGGCAGCUCUGAUGAUGCUACCGUCACCGACAAGGCUGUUCAUGGUGAUGACUCCGAGGAUGAUGACUCAGAGGACGACGAUGACGAGGAUGAGUUCUGCGACACCACUACUACCCUCGAGGCUACUGUCACCGUUGUCCCUUACCCCGUCAACAACACUGCCACUGGUGGCUACGCUAAGCCCACUGGCUUUUCUCGCCGUCUCCGAUAG